AUGUCUAGUUCUGCCUUUUCAACAUUACCACUUAAGAAAUUAAUUGUGUUUAAUCAAGAUGAAUACUUUUAUGGUUCAAAUAUGGAUGGUAUUCUUAAUUUUCCAAAUCUUAAAACAAUUGAAAUCACAAGUGAUUCAAAAUAUAUAUACUUGAUAAACUAUAAUAUUGAAGAAAUCAUUACUCCUGUUGAUCCGAAUUUUAGGUGUACUAUUAAUAUUGCUGGCUGUCCAAAACUCAAAAAUUUACCAAAUGGAAUUGAAUAUGUUAAAAAUGUUGGAGAUUUGCCAGAAGUAGAAUCAGUUGAUCUUUCAUUUUGCAAACGAAUUUACAGAAAUAGCUUCUUUAACUGUCCAAAACUUAAAAGAAUUAUUGGAUGGGGAGAUCACGAAAUGACUGUUGAACCAAGUUUAUUCGAAUUAUGUCCAAUGAUUGAUAUAAACAUAUGGAACAAUAAUUUAAAGUUUUAUGGAGUAACUAUGUUUUCAGAUAAGUAUUCACCUCUUCAAUAUUCUUAUAUUAAAGAAUUAACAAUUAACUCCAGCAAAAUACCAACUUUCUAUGGAUGCAAACAGCUGAAAAAAGUAGUUUUCAUAGAGGGCUGUGGGAUUAGGGAAAUUGAUUAUCAUGCAUUUGAAAAUUGCGAAAGCUUGACAGAUGUACAGUUGUGUAAUUCAAUUGAAAGUAUUUCCCCUUAUGCAUUUGCUAAUACAAACAUUUCAAAUUUGGACUUAACCAAUGUUAGGCAAAUUGCUCUCACAGCGUUUUAUAAUACACCUCUUAAGGAAAUAAUAAUCAAUAAUAAUAUUUUUCAAAGCAGGCCUGAUUAUUAUUGGCCAACAGAUGUUGUUUUACUUGAAUACAAUGAAAGAAAUCACAGCAAAUUUAGAAACUUUAUAUGCCUAUCCGGCAAGUUUGGAAGCCAAGGAAUUGACAAUUCCAGAUUUUGUGAAAUAUAUUAA